CGGAGAGACUGUGAGGGAUUAUCCAGAUCUUCAUUUGUGGAGGUCACGUGAGGCCGCGCCGCGGGGACCACCGAGAUGGGCCGCUUCCGGAAGGCCUAGAGGGGCGUUCGACGCCCGUGCUCGGUUCCGUAUCGGCUUUCGGAGACUCACCUCUUGGGGUUUUGAGGGGAACAGGCUUGGUUCAGGCGAGUUCUUCCUGCUAGUCUCGUCCGGCGCCAGCUUCCUCGCUUUCCUUAGCGAUUCGUCAGCACUCCGCCCCUGAACUCGCCUCUCUGAACCGGUGCUCGGGUGUCUGGGCCUCGCAGAAGCCGCCGAGGUGGCUGCGGGGCCUCCUAGAGCCCUGGUCAAGUCCCUUGCUCACCGAGGCGUGAUCCUCUUUUUUGUCCUAAAGAAGUUGGCCCAACUGCCUCCUGUGCCCGGUACCGAAGUUUCUGAUAUUUGGGGUCUCCUGCUUCCUUGGGUGGAGAACCCGUUGGGGUCUCCUGUCAUCAUCACCCACUGGAACACUUGAGUAUUUUAGCUCAAUCCAGAUCCAGCUACCCCUGUCUCCCUUCUCCAAAGGCACCCUUUUUGGGGUCAAUGUCAUGGUUCCUCUAAGCGCUUUUUUAGGUUUUUGCUUGUUCAGACCCAGCACUGUAGGGACGGGAUUCGUCUUGGAUCCCUAGGUCCGCUCAAUGUGAAAGGGCCCCGGAACGCUCUUGGGCAGAGCAGGCAGGUGGUGGAUUGUCCCGAGGACCAGGCAGUGCAAUUUAUGAGGGUUUGGGGCGAUCAGCCAGAGCAGGGCUGAUAGAGCCUCCUGCCAGUGCUCGAAAGGAAAAGACGGAAGACUGUAGGCGGCUGUGGGUGACGUAGCACAGGGACUAUUGCACUCAUGGCUCUUCUUCUCUUAGCUUUUAAGGUUCUUGCUCUUCCAAACCCAGAAGACAGUGCACGGAGCCAGGGAACAUCAGCCAUGCUCCAAACCACUUGGCCUCAGGAGCCAGUGACCUUUGAGGAUGUGGCCGUGUACUUUACCCAGAACCAGUGGGCCAGCCUGGAGCCUGUGCAGAAGGCCCUGUACAGGGAGGUGAUGCUGGAGAAUUAUGCAAAUGUGGCUUCCCUGGCACUUCCAUUCCCUACACCUGUUCUGAUCUCCCAGCUGGAGAGAGGGGAAGCACCAUGGGGCCCAGAUCCCUGGGAAGCAGAGAUUUUGAGAGGCAUCUGUCCAGGUGGUGAGUCCUGGACUAAGACAGAAGAGCCAAUGGUAAAGCAGGAAGCCCCUGAAGAAACAGAGGUGCACAGCAUGCCAGUGGGAGGGCUUUUCAGAAACGUGUCUCAGCACUUUGAUUUUAAAAGCAAGGCACCAUGGCAGACUUUCAGUCUGAAUCCCAAUCUAAUACUUCGAGGUGGAAUGAAGUUCUACGAGUGUAAAGAAUGUGGGAAGAUCUUCAGAUAUAACUCAAAGCUCAUUCGGCAUCAGAUGAGCCACACUGGGGAGAAGCCCUUCAAAUGUAAGGAAUGUGGCAAAGCUUUCAAGUCCAGCUAUGACUGUAUCGUACACGAGAAAAAUCACAUUGGCGCAGGACCCUAUGAAUGUAAGGAGUGUGGCAAAGGUCUGAGCUCCAACACAGCCUUGACCCAGCAUCAGCGGAUCCACACGGGCGAGAAGCCCUAUGAGUGUAAGGAGUGCGGCAAGGCCUUCCGUCGGAGCGCAGCCUACCUUCAGCAUCACAGGCUACACACUGGGGAGAAACUCUAUAAAUGUAAGGAAUGUUGGAAAGCUUUUGGGUGUAGGUCACUGUUUAUCGCCCACCAGAGAAUUCACACCGGGGAGAAACCCUACCAGUGUAAGGAGUGUGGCAAGGCGUUCACCCAGAAGAUUGCUUCCAUUCAACAUCAGAGAGUUCACACCGGAGAGAAGCCUUAUGAGUGUCAGGCAUGUGGGAAAGCCUUUAAGUGGUACGGCAGCUUUGUUCAGCAUCAGAAAUUGCACCCCGUGGAGAAGAAGCCUGGCAAGGCUCUCGGGCCGUCCCUGCUGUGUCCCCAGGGCCCCUCUUCAGCCUUAGCUAACAUGCCUUUCCAGGGCCCCUGCUCUGCUCCAGCUGUGGCCAUGCCUUCACUGGCCUUGCCACACGCCGUCCUCAUUCCUGCCUCCAGGCCCGUGUUAAUGCUGCUGCCCGCCUCUGGAGUCCCUUCUUCUCCUGUGCAAAUAGUACGAGUCUUCCAGGGUCUUCCUCCCACUGUGAAGCCUUCCCCAGUUAUUCUGACCCCUUCUCUUCAACCCUCGUGAGCUCUGUCUUGGCACUUCUCUGGCUGUUACACACAGCAGAUCUCCAACCUAACUUAAGCUUGAUUUGUGGCUUUUACACCGUAUGUGUGUUAACGACUGUUUCGGCAUAAGCGCCAUUGUAAUCGAGAUAUAUUUAAAGACUGUGCUUGUAUGAUAUUUUCUGUUUAUUUCUGGGUAGAAAAUGGAAAUACUUGACCUUCAUUUUGGUCCCUUUCAGACUUGAACAGUAACGGCUGUGUCUGCAUUGUGGGGCUGCUGGUGGUCGAAGUGCUAAUAGGACGCUUUGGUGAAUUAGGGACGUUUGAGAGAGAGGACAUCCCUGUAUUAGGUCCCUGUGAUUAGAGAGAAGCAGCCUGGGAGAAACAGAGGAGGCAUUUAAGACCUGUCAGAGUUGAGAAUUGGAAUGAGCUUCCAACCAUAGCCUUUAGAAAUGAAUGCAGAUUGUUCAGUGGGUGAAGGUGUGGUGUAUUCAUGCAGUUGAAGUUGGGUUGCUAUUGACACAGCUCAUUGAGGAUCUUGUACGUCUCUGCAAAAGAUCAUUUGAAAUAACCAGUUUAAAAAAAAAGAAAGCAUACAGUGAUAACAAUCAUUUAUAUGAUGAAUAGCAAUCAUGUCUUUAAACAUGAAGUUUUUUUUUUAAUCUUUGGUUUUGCUCUGAUAUCUAGAUGUUUCCUUGUAACUUUGGUUUCAUAAGUAAAUAUACACCAAGGCAUUCAUCUUUGCUCCAUCUGUUGCAUAAAUUUUUCUUGGUGUGCAUUCUGGUUUCCUGUUUGCAAGCACUGGUUUCUACAUUGACUUUUCUCCAAAUUGUAAACAUGAACUUUGGCAAAUUACUAAAGAAAUAGGAGCAACCGAUUUGGGGGAAAUCUGAAUAUGCCUGCAGAAUUGUAUUUUAGGAAUAAAGAGGGCUAUGUAACGGGUCAGUGGUUAAGCUUAUGUGACAGGUUAGUGAAGUGGAAUUUUGGAUUGCUCUUGCUUUUGACCUUAGGUGAGAAUCUUUUAUAACUGUGCAAAGGACUGUGUGAAGUAAUUCCUGGAAAAAGAACUUGAGUUAUGCAUUACAGGCACACCUUGUUUUAUUGCACUUCACUUUAUCCAUUUCGCAGAUAACUUGUUUUUUACAAAUUGAAGGUUUGUGACAAAACUGCAUUGUUGGAUAAUGGUUAAGAGUUUUUAGCAAUAAAGUAUUUUUUAAUUAAGGUAUGUUCUUUUUUUUAGACAAUGCUAUUACAUAUUUCAUAGACUAUAGUGUAAACAACUUUUAUAUGCACUGGGAAACCAAAAUAUUUGUGUGGCUUGCUUUCUUGCUAUAUUUGCUUUAUUGUGGUGGUCUGGAACUGAACCAGAAGUAUCUCUGAGGUCUGCCUGUAUUAGCACUAAUAUAAAGUAAAUCCUUAAAUGUUGAUGGAAGGGGCCAUAACAUUUUUUUAAAGUUGCUUUUGCUGUCUACAUGUGUCUCCAUUGCAGUUAACAGAAAAACCUUUACAUUAGUGGUUCUUAAAGUUUACCAUGUGUCCGAAUAAGCUGGUGUAAAAAGAGUAAUUUUCUGGCCAAACUCUCAGAGAUUCUGAUUUUGGAUAUCCAUGGUGAUGCCCAGACCUUUAGUGUGGACCACACUUUGAGAGAGGUACCUUGAGCAGCAUAUGCCUGGGGGGUGUACCUUGAUAAAGGGCUUGCCCUAUUUCACAGUGAUCUUCAGGAGAGAAACCUCUAAAAGUAGUUUAGGUGGUGAGAGUUUUAGAAGAAAAGAGAAAAGUAAGUGAAAUUUGUUCUGUAGGGAAAAAAAGGGGGCAAAGAGAACUGAUGUAGCUUAUGAAGAGUUCUUGAGGUCUCCACUGCCAGAAGGUUCGUGGGGUUGACAUUGGUUACCUUUUGCUGUUUUUGUGCUUUAUUUGCAUGUUGGAUGAAAGAAUGAGGAAAAUUUUUUUCUUAUAUAAAGUUAGUACACUUCAAACCAGCUCUUGGGUUAAAGAGAGCGCAAAGUGAAAGCUGCAGAUGAUUUAGAACUGAACAACAGUAAGAAUAGAUCAUAGCAGGGUCUAGGGGAUGUGGCGAAAGGUGGUACUUGGAGCAGUGUUUACAGUCUUGGAUGCAUUCUUUAGAAAAUGAGUUUGAAGGCUUGCAAUUCAGAAUGUUGGGGUGGGCAGCGGGAUGGUGGUGGGAAACAAAAAAAAUUAACCAAAAACUAAAAACCAAGCAAACAGACCAGCAGCCCCCUUCCCAAUAAACUUAGAAAUAAGAUACACAGCAGAGUUUGGUGUUUGUUUAUUUAUUUAUUUACUUAAUUUAUUUUUGGCUGCAUUGGGUCUUAGUUGUGGCAUACAGGAUCUUCAUUGAGGCAGGCGGGAUCUUUCGUUGUGGCACGGGCUUCUCUCUAGUUGUGGCAUGUGGGUUUUCUCUUCUCUAGUUGCGGUGUGCAGGCUCCAGGGCGCGUGAGCUCUGUAGUUGUGGUGUGCAGGGUCCAGAGCGCGUGGGCUCUGUAGUUUGCAGCACGCACGCUCUCUAGUUGAGGCGCACGAGCUCAAUAGUUGUGGCGCGCACGGGCCUAGUUGCCCCGCGGCAUGUGGGAUCUUAGUUCCCUGACCAGGGAUUGAACCUGCAUCCCCUGCUUUGUAAGGCGGAUUCUUUCCCACUGGACCACCAGGGAAGUCCCCAGGGUUUGGCAAAGAUGGCAGUUGAACAUGUUAGCAUUUACACCCUCCUGAAACUCCACUAAGAUAGUAAAGAGUUUAAAAAUUAAAAAGCAUAAACUCAGAAGAACAAUGAAAAUAAGCUGAUGACAACAUUUUGGAAGCUCAAAAUCAGGUGAAAGAGUUGUGACUUUUAGCAGAGCUCUGAAAGGUAAAUCCUAAGCCACAUUGCAGGAAGCUGAGCAGCACCCCCAUGUGGCAGAAUUACCAGAAAGGCUUAGGAACUGAAGAUUCAGAAACCUCUGGAAGAAGGGGAUGCUGGUGGGGUGAAGAACAGGAAAAUUGGCUAAAAGUCUUUAAGAAGAACUUAGAUUCCCGGUCACUUCCCCACCUCUCUCUUCUCUGGAGCAGUGUAGCAGGAAUUUUGAAUGUUGGGGAACCACACUGAAUGUUAGGUCCUUCUCUGUCACCCCCUCACCUACUCCUGGUUCUAUCCAGAACCUGCUAAUAGACUUGUGCACCUUCUAGGCUGGAAAUCAGAACUUUCUUUGGGAGAUCUGAUCAAGUCAAGUGAAGAGACCAGUGAUUCCUCAGUAAAAUAGCUCCACACAGAAGUGCCAACUGUGCACGCAGAACUUCUCACCAGCUUUUUGACGCUCCAUUUUUAAAUAUAAGAAAAAAGCCAAGGAUAUGAAAAAGGCUGAAGCGGGGGGAAAAAGCCCUAGUGAAACAGACUAUGCAGUAAGAAGAAAAUUUAGCAUCCUAAGGUUACAGAAGAUGUUUGCAACUAACCCUGAGGCAAUAGAUUGCUGAAAAAAAGGAAAAUUCAGAGAACAAAAAAGAACUCUUGAAAACAAAGUUGAUAUCAGAAAUGAGACACUCAGUGUCAGCAUUGGAAAAUAAAGUCAAGGGAAUCACCCAGAAAGUAUAACAAGAAGAGGUGAAAGUGGUAAAAAGAGGUCCAGGAUAGGUGACCUAAUAGUUAAGUAGGCAGUAAAGAGAGGAAUAGAGACAUGGGAGAGGAGGAAGUCAUAAAAGAAAUGUCAGUACUUCAAGGAGAUUUCCCAGAAUCGAAGUCUAGGGCUUUGUGCCUUCAUCAGCCCGUAUUAAGAGGAGGCCCCACGUAUUGGAGUAAGACUACCCUGUCCUCAGGCCUCAGGCGGCAGGAAUGAAGUAAGAGCCUCGCUCCCUAGGGGUCCAGACCCCACCACCAUCCUGCAGUCUCAGCCUUCCCAUUGUUAACAGUCCUGAGACUGUCAGAACAUUCUCAGCACGUACUAUGUGUUUAUCUCAGUCACCACAAGGAACCCGGAACUCAAGGGUAACCUCCACCUCUUGCAAAUGUAAUCCUCUACAUCUCUGCAAUUCCCCUUUUUGUCUUCGUGUGUUACCUUUCUCCAACUCCUGAAAACUUCACUCUACUCUCUGAAGCUGGCGGCCCAUUGGUAGUGAAAGUCCCUUCGUGCUCAGCAUCCCUGAACAUUGCCUUUACCUUCUCGCUGUAAUCAAAACCUCAUCCCUUGAGGGUGCUGUUUCUUCCCAGGCACCCUCUGAAAUGGUGGUUAUAUUUCUUCCACAUUCCUAAUAUCACAUAGCUUGGGUCCUCCUCUUUCUCUCUGUGCCAGGUUCAGGCCAUUCUCCACCUCUCCCUUUUCGCCAAAACCUCCAUCUUUGAAUCUUAUGUCAUCAGGCUGGAACCUCUGGGUCACAUGCCCUCGUUCCUUGAAGAUGUUAUCUUGUGGCCUGCUGUCACUCUGUUCAACAUUAAUCUUUUUCUUUUUUUUUGGCCUUACCAUGUGGUUUGUGGGAUCUUAGUUUCCCCGACCAGGGACUGAACUCAGCCCCAUAGCAGUGAAAGCACGGAGUCCUAUCCACUGGACCACCAGGGAAUUCCCCAGAAUCCAUUUUAACACGUUUAAGCAGAAAGGGAUUUCCUGCCUACCACUAGGUAGCUUACAGAAUUUCCAAAAAGGAAACAAGCUGGGAUGCCACAUAGAUGCCAAGAAAAAUGACGAGGGUCAGUACCAAGAGGCUCCAGUGGAAACCCAGCAGCUGCUGGUGCCUGCUACUAGACUGCCACCCCACCCCACUGAAAAGAGAGGCUAGACCUCCAGGAGGUUUGCUCCAUAUUCUGAGAAAAAGCAAGUACACCCACAACCAUUUUGGUAGGAUACUGACUGUAUGGUCUCAUGACCUUUAUUUCCAUCUUUUGAGAAGCUGUACCUGCUCAGUGGAAAUUGGUUGUAUGUGUACAUCUAAGUAGCAAGGGCUUCUGGGAAAUAGUUUUUGGAUUCUACCUGGGAAAGUGAGAUUCAUAAUGUGGGGAAAUCCUAAAAUGGGGAAGGGAUUUUCAAAAUAUUUUGGGCAGCUAUAAAGUAGCAGAUAGUCAUCACAGGCAUAGAAAAUGACCGAAAUCUCUGAAGAAUGCACUAUAUUCAUGCGUAGAGAAGGUCAAUAUCAAGAUUACAAUUUUUGCCAAGUGAAUUUAUACAUUAAAGGCAGUUCCAGGCUUCCCUGGUGGCGCAGUGGUUGAGAGUCUGCCUGCCGAUGCAGGGGACACGGGUUCGUGCCCCGGUCCGGGAAGAUCCCACAUGCCGCGGAGCGGCUGGGCCCGUGAGCCACGGCCGCUGGGCCUGCGCAUCCGGAGCCUGUGCUCCGCAACGGGAGAGGCUACAACAGUGAGAGGCCCUAGUAUCGAAAAAAAAAAAAAAAAAGUUCCAAUCAAAAUUACUAGGGGGUUUGUGUGUGUGUGCGUGCGUGUGCGUGUGCGCACGCACAUGCAACCUUACAAAUUGAUUCUAAAAUUUAUACAGAAGAGUAAAGGGCAGUAGCUAAGACAAUUUUGAAGAAGGUGGGAGAUUUUGUGCUACCAGAUAUUAAAUAUAUUGAUCUUCAAAACAACAAAACAAAGCAAAAUCCCCCAGAACCUAAGAUACACUGUAAUAUGAUUUAUAUGAAUUAAAGCAACAAUAUACUGUUUAGAAAUAAACACAUUUUAUGCAAAAUUAUACACAUGUAUACAAAAUACAGAAUUAUAGAGAAAUAAAGUGUAGUGUGAUCAAGCAUCAGUGGCACAGGCUGAGAAAAUAUACUUCUAUUCCUCUCCCCUCCUUCCUCCUUUAUUCUCCUCUUACUGCUUCUCUCAUUCUGUCCCAGAUUCCAGGAACUCAGUCCCAAAUGCUGCCCCCCAGUGGUCCAGCACCCCCCGUUUGCUGAAAACAAUAGUAGAUAUUUUGUUUCUAAAAUAUCUUGAAUUAAUGAUUCUCAAAGUACUUUACAAAAUGUGUUCUCUUAACACCCGUAUAAGUAGAUCAGUACAAAUAUUUUAUGGCUGUCCAGAAAGAAAUUAUGUGAUUUGCUGUAAUCUAAAUACAUUGUUUUAAAAGCUAGAUAAUAUAGAAAAGAAUAUAUUGCUUAAAGGAAACAUUUUGAAACUUUUAUUACAUGAAGCCCAAUUAUAAGGCUGGCUCAUAUAUUCUCAUAAAUGAAUCAGUAAUGAAUGUUAUUUCAUUUCUACCAAUCUGCCUACUAGUUACAAUAGAUUUGUGGUGUUAUAGGAAAUUUCGGUUGGUCAGAAUUUUCAAUUUACACCUUUGCCACCUACUCAAGGACACCUUGGAUUUUACUAAUGAUAAAAAUAUAUACUUUCCCCAUGCUGUUUCCCAUGCAAUAUUAAAGCACAAUGCACUGCAAGUUAGAUUUUCUUUUUGUAAAAUUUAUUUAUUUUUGGCUGUGUUGGGUCUUUGUUGCUGUGCGCGUGUUUCUCUAGUUGCCACUCUUCAUUGUGGUGCACAGGCUUCUCAUUGCGGUGGCUUGUUGCAGAGCACGGGCUCUAGGCACACGGACUUCAGUAGUUGUGACGCACGGGCUUAGUUGCUCCACGGCAUGUGGGAUCUUCCUGGACCAGGGAUCGAAUCCAUGUCCCCUGCAUUGGCAGGCGGAUUCUGAACCACUGCACCACCAGGGAGGUCCCCAAGUUAGAUUUUCUAUCUCAGGUUUGUAUAAAAAGAAACUCCAGAGAUGGUAAAUGAUCUUGCUUAAGGGACACAGUGGCUAGAGAGAGAACUGAAGCAUUUCGAUGCCCCCUUUCAGCUCUGAUUUUAACUUUCUAAGAAAAACAGUCUCAAGUAUAGCAGGAGUUUUCAGUGUAUCAAGUAAUUACUUACAUGGGAUAGAUUAUUUUUUUCUUGCUGUUGUUUUGCAGGCAGUCUUAGCAGCUUAGUUGCAAUUUGUUCUUCAGUGACUAGUAGCAAAUUGGUUAAUUAUGGAAGGAGUGAUGUCCAUUAGAUUGCAAAAGUGCAAAUAUUGAGUCUCAAAUGUAUAGGUAGCAGAAAUGUGAAGCCAAAUUGUGUCCGUUCCUGAGAAGGAGGUUCUCUUUAUAGCCACUGCUGUGCUGGGACAGGGCAGUUUUCUUGUACCUUCUCAACUCUCUCAUUUCCCAUAAACAAGACGUCUGAUUAUUUUAUAAGCAGUUGAGAAGAGGUGUCUACAUUAUUUCCACUUUUAAUCUCUUGAUCAUAUAAAAUGGCUUUUAAAUUUUUUUAAGUUUUUUUUCUAAUUAGAACUACAUGUUUUGAGCAAAAAUCUAGCCUAGAAGAGUAUCUAGGCCUGAAUUUCACCACUUUUAAUAGUUUGGUGAACACACAAACACACACGCACACACAAUGAAUGUGCAUUCUGUAAUAUGCAUAUUGUAUCAUAGACUCCUUUUUUCAGUUAGCAGAAUACCAUGCACUUGUCCUAGUCGACAGAUGAUCUAUAAUGUCAUGUUUAAUAGCUACAUAAUAUUGCACUGCAUGGAUUUCUUCAUGGAACCAGUCUCUUAUUAAUGAACAUUUAGGAUAUUUCCAUUUUGAAUCGCUUUAAAUACUUUGAUGAACACCUAGUACAUACAUGGUUGACACAGUCAUGAUUUAUUAUUUUUUAGCUGAUGUCUACAGUUUUUUUAAAUAAAAGAAAUAGAACAUUUCUCAUAAAUUAAGGGUUCCUUUGAUACUGAGUCCAAGCUCGUCCAGCUUGCUGCACAACAGGCCAGUAAAUCGGGAGACGAGUUGUUGAUGCAAGGAAUAAUGGCUUUAAUGGGAAAGCUAGCAGACCGGGAAGAUGGCAGACUAGUGUGACAAAGAACCAUCUUCCUUCAGUCAGAAUUCGGGCUCCUUUUACACAGAGGAGGGGGAGGGGGCCCCUGCGAUGCCAACCAAUGGCCGAGCGGGACCGCUAACGGAUGCUCGCUAACAGCCCUGCACUAACAGCCAUGUGCCCACCCUGCCCCUAUUAUACCUUUUGUUCUAUUUUGCUGUUUUAUUAUUUUUCCGGAGCUAAUCUAUAAAUAGUAAAUGGCACUGCUUUUCACAUUUGAAAAAGUUGACGUCUGUGCUGUUGUCCCAGAGAGGCAGGAGACAGUUAUGCCGUGUGCAAUCACGUACUCUAAUUCUCUCUUCGUCUCUGUGGGUUAUUAGUCUAUCCCGUUUUUCAGCAACACCGCAACGAAGAGUAGCGCCCGCUCGCCGCAACUAGAGAAAGCCUGUGCACAGUAACAAAGACCCAACGCAGCCAAAAAUAAAUAAAUUAAUUAAUUAAAAAAAUAUUAAAUUUACUAAAGAUAACAGUAUUGUUAUUAUGUAAGAGAAUAUUCUGAGGAAAUAUACCCACUGAAGUAUUUAUGGAUAAAGGGCCACAAUGUAUGCAAAUUACUCUUAAAUAUUUCAGAAAAAAAUGAUCAUCUAUCUAUCUCUGUCCAUCCAUCCAUCCACCCACCCACCCACGAGAGAGAGAGAGAGAGAGAGAGAGAGAAGGAGGGAGAGAAAGAAAAAGCAAA